UAGCUUUGUUCGUUCAGCUCCCUUUCAGCUACUCCUGUUCUUGUUCUCCAGCAAUGGCUUUCAAGUCUAUUCCACUUCUCUUUGCCUUUUUCCUUCUCGUUGCUUCCAUUAAGGGGGGUAGCAACACUGCUCCUGGUGCUUUCCCUCAUGGUGAGAGAUCAAGCCCCCCACCACCAGUCAAUGGAUCCUCUCCAACACCUCCAGUGCCUAGCCCCCCUAUUUCACCACCAAAGACCACUGCCGAGUGUUCGCCCCUAUGCGAGGUGAGAUGCAAAUUGCAUUACAAGAAGAUAUGCCUAAGAGCAUGCACUACUUGUUGUUUAAGAUGCAAAUGUGUUCCACCAGGCCAAUAUUAUGGCAACAGAGUGAAAUGUGGCACAUGCUACGCUAAUAUGACCUCUCACGGAGGCAGGCUCAAGUGCCCAUGAAAAGCUAAAAGGAAACCAGAUGGUUUAUACAAGGAACUGUUGCAUGACUUUGCAUCUGUGAUUUGUAGUAGUUGACUAGUACCAAUGCUGAAAUUAUUUUGGUAAUUAAAUGUCCAAACAGAGUAUCUUAUAAUUUUUUGACCGUAGAUACAAUGUUUUCUUGAACUGUUUGAGGUUAAGCCCAAAUAUCAUUCAGAGUAUCUUAUAA